UGUGUUUAAACAGUCUACACAUUAAGCAAUAUUUAUUUUAAGCGAAGAGAGGAGUCUGUGAUCUACAUACUUUCCUGUGCUUCUGGACAUCCUUGACUGUGAAAGGGACUACUGGGGAACACGCCUGACGGAGCCACAUGCUGGGUAUUGUUCCUGGGAAAUACAUUGCAUUCAUAACACCUGCGGCUCUGAUUAUCAUCUUGCUUAAACUUAUGCUAUCUCACUAUGUUGAAGGAACUAAGGAUAUUCACCAUAAUACUUUUAAUAGCAGCCAUUGGCUUUCUUUGUAGAACUACUCUUAAGCAAAAGACUUCAUACAUCAUGCAUUUCUUCACUUCAAAAGGCUUAAUAUCAGGAUCAUUAACCACUGAAAAUAGUUCCCUUUAUAUAGACAACAAUGGUAGAAUAUCCAUUGGACCAGGAAAUGCAACAUCUAAUUCUGUAAGUCCAGAUGCUGUUCUACGCCAAGGUAAUGGAAUCUUACUCAUGGAGACCACUGACAGAAUGGAACCACCAUCCUUGGUCUUGUGUGCGAUUGAGUCAGCAGCUCGUGUCUACCCUGACAGACCCGUGGUCUACUUCAUGAAAGGACUGGGUGACAUAAACACAGAGGAGGAUGAGAACAGAACUAGGAAACAUUUCCCAACUCUCUCAUCUUUUGAUAACAUCUACUUCUUCCCUCUGAAAAUGGAGGAAUUAUUUACCGACACACCUCUUCAGCUAUGGUAUAAAAAGGUGAACCCUAAGAAAGAACUUUACUGGACGCAUGUUAGCUCAGAUGCCUGCCGGUUUGCCCUGAUAUGGAAAUAUGGUGGCAUUUACAUGGAUGCUGAUGUUAUUUCGCUUCGUCCCAUUCCUAAAGAUCAUUUUGUAGCUGCUGAGCACUCCACAGCUACCAGCAGUAGUGUUUUUGGGCUCCCUCCACAUUAUAACGUGACAUGGGAGUUCAUGGAAAACUUUGUUCAGAAUUACAGAGGUGAGAUAUGGGGACACCAAGGACCAGGAGUCUUUACACGUGUUGUGAAAAGGCUGUGUGGGAUUUCAAAAUUUACAUCUGCGGAUGAUGCCAUGUGUGCAAAUAUUUCCUACCUUCAUCCUGAUCGUUUUUAUCCUCUCUCAUAUUCAUCUUGGAAAAAGUAUUUUGAGGUGUGGAAGGAUUUGCCAACCUUUCCUAAGUCUUACGCCUUGCAUCUCUGGAAUUAUAUGAACAGCGAAGGUAAAACCAUGGUACCUGGGAGUAACACACUGGUGGAACAUAUCUAUCAACAGCAAUGCCCCUCCACCUAUGGAGCACUUCAGAGGAAUGAAAGAACUCAUGUUUAGCUAAUGUUAUUCCAUGAUAUUCCAUCCACAUCUUAUGUACUGUAUUUACUGUAUGCCUCAAUUAUAUAGUGUGGUCCUCACAAUACAUUCCAGUACAUUUUUCUGAUACAUCCCAAGAUCUACAUAAAGUACAUAUUUUUAAGUAUCAUAAGAAGACAAAGGAAUCAUUAUAGAAAAUCCUUCAAGUCCCCUCUUUUUUAAAAGCUGCUCUCUUAAUGUAGGGACCAUUUUUUCUGAGCCCCCUUUCAGAUCCAGUGUUGGCCAUCACUAUUGGUGGAGACAUGAAUACACAUUAACAAGUGCCAGUUGGAGGGCAAGUGACCAAUUGGGGUGAAGUGAACAUGAAAGAGUAAUCUUCUUAUAAUUACAGAUGAGCACAGUACACUGGGUCUGAUUCAGAUGUGGUUGGUGUAGAGGCACAUGCCGCAGAAUACCAAUGUUUGGUAUUCUGUGCAUGUGUUGGCCCCAUACUGAGCAUGUGCAGUAUGGGUCUGUGACAUUGGCUGCACUAUGGCAUCAGACUGUCAGUGAUUGACAGCCUGAUGCCAUUUGAGGGCAGAGAGGGGGUGACCAUGGCCUCCAUUUCUCCAAAUGGAGGCAUGCCACUCCUGUUGUUGGGGAGUGAAGAGGCAAGCAUUUCCAUCAGAAGAUGGAGAUUUCCUGGACUCUUGAUAGGUCUUGUGGCAGCCACUGGGUUGAUUUUAUAUUUCACCCAAAAAAUAGGUUCAAACUUAUAAAAAAAACAGUUAAUAUUGAGCUGCUUUUUGUUGUAUCAUUUCCCAUAACUAAAACCCAUUUUUAGUCUAUUGAUUAUGACCUUCCAAUUGGAAAAUUGCAAGUAAUAUAAUAGCUAAAAAAGAGACCUGACCAUUGCAUGCAAUUACAUGCAAGCAAGGAGGAAGGGAUUCCUGCACUGGUUUAUUUCUAUAUACAGGUGCAGUUAAAACACACUACUUAGACGUGCAUAAUUGAACUGUGAAGUCCAGUAUGUUUUUAAUGGGAUGUAGUUAUGUGACUGGCAGUCAGGAGACCACCGGUCACAAUACUGACCCCUACAUCCUGCACGCUCAAAAUCCUGACACUCAGCAUGUUGACUAACAGGGACUAUUCCCACUGGUGGGUGUCCACGACACCCAUAGAGCGGGAAUAGAACCUGUGGCGAGCGCAACGAGCCUGCAAGGGGCUUUUUGUGCUCGCUCCCUCGUCGGUAUUCUACGGCCGGGAUCCCGACGCUGGGAUGCUGACCACUGAGAUCCCGGCUGCUGGUAACACAACCUGUUUUUAAUAGGCAGUAAAAAUAAAUGAAUAUCUUAAAGCAAGAUGACUAAAAAGAAAAGAACUCUAUUGGGAAUGCCUGUUCUAGAAGGUGCUAGAUAACUAUUAAAACUUGACUUUUUUCUUUAUUGUUUAUAUUAGGAUAAUGAUCAUUAAAAACGGUACUGUAUAAGUAACAGCCAUCAGAGAAUGUAAGAUACUCUUUCUGCCUGUCUGGUGCUACUUUGCCAGCACUUACCGAUUGGCUAAUUUUUAUUACAACAUCUUCUUCUAACAUGUAUACUGAAAUUUGGAAACUCUGGUUUUACUCAAGAUACUAUCUUUAUAUAUACAGUACAUGACAAUAAUGAGUGAAUGUGAAUUCUUUCUUGUGUACAUCAGU